AUGAGCGCCUCGGCCCCCACCGGCGUCUUCGUCCUGUCCCUCUCGGCCAUCCCGGUCACUUACCUGGUCAACGCCUUGGCGGCCGCGGGCAGUUCGUGGGUCAUCGUAGCCAUUGGAUCACUGGUCCUGUUCUUAGUGGCUCUUGCAGCUCGAUGUCUGGUGAAGAGAAAACCACCCAAGGAUCCGCUUUUUUAUGUCUAUGCGGUAUUUGCUUUCACCGGUGUCGUGAACCUGAUUAUUGGGCUUGAGCAAGAUGGCGUCAUAGAUGGAUUCAUGACCCAUUACUUGAAAGAGGGCGAGCCUCACCUGAACACAGCAUAUGGCCACAUGAUUUGCUACUGGGAUGGCUCUGUUCACUAUCUGAUGUAUCUCUUAAUGGUGGCAGCUAUUGCUUGGGAGGAAACGUACCGGAACAUUGGCCUGUAUUGGCUGGGAUCCAUCAUGAUGAGUGUGAUUGUCUUUGUGCCUGGAAAUAUUGUAGGAAAGUAUGGAACGAGAAUUUGUCCUGCGUCUUUAUUAAGUAUACCGUACGUUUGUCUUCCAUUAUGGGCUGGAUUCAGAAUCUAUAAUCAACCGCCAGCGAACUGCAGCUCAACAGCCAAGGCAAUUAAAAAAGUGCAGCAGAAACGACUGUUCAGAAGACCUCUAGACCUCUUCUUGACUGCCUACUUUGUCUUCGCAACUGGAUUUUGCCUGUUCAGGGGCAUGGUUGCCUUGGACUGCCCAGCUGAACCGUGCCGGCUAUACAACCAAUUGCACGAACCUUACCUGAAAGAUCCUGCCGCCUAUCCGAAACUUCAGAUGUUGGUGUACAUGUUCUACUCUGUGCCAUAUUACGUAAUGGCGCUUUAUGGCUUGCUGGUGCCUGGAUGCUCCUGGAUGCCCGAUUUAACCUUGAUACACGCUGGAGGACUCGCCCAGGCUCAGUUUUCGCACAUAGGUUCCUCUCUACAUGCUAGAACACCAUACACCUACCGAGUCCCCGAAGAAGCAAAGGUGUGGUUUCUAAUUCUCAACGUAACAUACGGACUCCUUCCUCAGCUAUUGGCUUAUAGAUGUGUCCAGAAUCCAGAGUUUUUCUUGAAGCCAAAGCCAGAAGAGAAAGCUGAGUGAGAAGACAGAAGUUAUGCAUUUACUUUUGCAUUACUGGACUGCCGUUACAAACCCAAUUUUUAUUGUGUCUUUGCUGCAAAUAAAGACUUAUUCUGUC